UUUUCUGAACACAUAAAAGAUGAUAAAACAGAUGAUUUCCAAAAGCGGUACAUCUUAAAGAGAGAUAACUCCAGCCUGGACCAGGAUGACGGCAGGCUGCGGAUGCGUCUUAAGGAUGACAGAAGGAGUAAAUCGAUAGAGGAGCGAGAGGAGGAGUACCAGCGCGCCAGAGACAGGAUCUUCGCUCAAGACGGACAAGAACAUUUCCCGUUUGAUAAAAGGAUUCAAGAGGACGUGAGUUACAUUAACACUCAGGAAAGACGACAGAUAUUCAGAUUGAGAGAUGGGCACUCGGGAAACAGUCGUCAGAGCAGCUCCGAGAACGAGCUGAAGUAUUCAGACCCUCGGCCCUGGAGCAGCACGGAUUCAGACAGCUCCCACAGGAACCUGAAGCCCUCCAUGACCAAAGCCAAUAGCUUUAGCGGCAUCAGCCUGCUGAUCCGAGGAGACAGUACAGCCAGCAGCAAGAGCUCCGGGAAACUGUCCAAAACCAGUUCAGACUCUUCUAGUAGCGUAGGUUCCUCUUCCGGGUCACUCCCUCGACCGGCUCAGCUGCCGCUCCCCGCCCCUGUUCUGUCCCAGCCUGGUCGGGGCUUUACUGCGGCCCCUCUACCGGCCCCGGCGUCUCAGAGUGCCACUACUAACACUAACAUUAACACUAAUGCUAGCUUCUACAUCGUUCCUCUGGAUAGCAGCGCCAUCCCGCCGGGCAGCGUGCUGCUCAAUCCACAGACAGGUCAGCCUUUUGUUAACCCCGAUGGCAGUCCAGUGAUCUACAACCCCACUAUGACAUCACAGCAGGGGCGGGGCCCGCAGCCCAUGACUCUACAUCCUCCCCCACCGCCCCCUCCUCCGCCUCUGCCUCCUCCCCCUCAACAUCAGCCAGCCAAUCACCUUCUAGCACAGUCGUCUGCUCAGCCUGUGCAGUAUGCUGCGGUCUCUUGUCCUCCUCUUCUGCCUCCUGCUUUCACUCAACAGUACACUGUGCAGCAGGACGGUCUAAGUGCCCAGUUCAGUCAGAUGAACCUCGUCCGGCAGCCUUCGGGUGACGCUCCGGACCCCCACACGGGCCUCUACCCACAAUCCCUGGUGCUCCAGAACCCUCCGCCCAGCGGCUACAUGCUUCCAUCGGCGGGACAGCCCAUGAGCAGCCACACCUACCCCCAUCAUCCCCCAGCCGUCAAUCAAGCGCUCCUCCAGCCGCACGGAUACAUCCAGCAGCCCAUGCAGCAGGUGUCGGCGUGUUACUGCGCUCCGGGACAGUAUUCACACUCCAGCCAACACUACAGAGCGGUGACGCCGGUACACUACAGCGCCCCCCAGAGUCAGACACUGCCGCCGCAGCACACAGGUUUCCAGACGGUCAUGCCCGCUCAUCCGCCCAGCUACCAGGGCAUGAUGGGAGUCCAGCAGACUCAGAACCAAUCGCUGGUCGGCUCUCAGGCCAAUCAGAUUCAGAGCAUGAUGGUGCAGUAUCCCACAAUGCCUCCGUAUCAGGUGUCUGUGCAGCAGGGCUCUCAGAGCGUUCCUCAGGCAGCCUAUCAGCAACAGAUCGUGCUGCAGGGACAGACCAAUCAGACAACAGCGCCCUCCACCAGCAUGCAGGUGUAUUACAGCAUGAUGCCGCCAGGGCAACACUCUAGCAUCAGCUCGACCGUUGGUUUCCUCCCUCCGCCGGGUUCAGAGCAGAUGCAGUUUCCCCGUGCACCCUCCCCCUGUGGCUCUCAGCCAAUCACAGGCCAGCAGUGCACAGCUGUUCCUCCGCCUCCCCCUGCUGGUGGUGUAAUGAUGAUGCAGUUGAGUGUUCCUCCCAGCCAGCAGCCAAGAGCCCCGUCCCCACUGCACUGGAAACACAACCGCUACUACAAAACCGGCGACCUACUGCCGCAGGACACCACACAGAAUAACCCACAGCAGCUGCUAAGCCCCUCCCCCUCUCUGGCUCAAUCUCAAUCGCCAGCUUCCACCCAUCAGGCCAAUAUGAAGGGGCCUCGUCCUGGUCACGCCCCUUUCCCCAUCAUGCCUCAGUUGUCCCGCCCAUACGUUCCAGGACAAGGUGAUGGCAGGUAUCCUCCUCUGAUUGGGCAGCCCCUUCAGUAUAACCCCCCCAUCAGACCCCCACUAAUGCACGGCUCUCAUGUGGUCAACCACCACCAUCAUCAUCAUCUUCAUCACCACCAGGGUCCUGUGGCUGUCCGGCACGGCAUGCGCAGUCGAAGACCCGCAAAGAAAUCACUGUCUACUGACAUGAGUACAGGAGAAAUGGACACCGGGCGUGUUUUGGAGGUGACCGAUCUUCCGGCUGGCAUCAGUCGAGUGGAAGCGGACUCUAUUCUGGCAGAACUGAGUAAAGUUGGCGCUCUCAUAAAGUGGCUGCCCAAACCUCCAUCCCCCAGCCAAUCAGAGGGAGCGGACGUUACGAACUCUGACCCUCCCAAACUGCCCCCUCACGACCUGGCGUCCACGUACACCAUCCUGGCCUUGUUCCCGUCGAAAUACAUGGCACAGCACGCGCUUCAGAAACUCAGCUGCUCCAUCGCCAAAUUCAAACUGAGAACUAGCAAGGAACAUAACGAACAGCACACGCUCGCCAGAUCCAGCUCUCAGUGAGGCCACGCCCCUUCCCCGCUCUCCACCAAUCACCACCAUUGCCUCAGGCUCACUUCCUGCCAUUUCAGUCACACCCUCCUGGUUUUGUAUCUUUCUUUUUUUUUUUGUCUGUUUUGUUUGAUUGUUUUUGCACCACUAUGGCUUGAUCAAAACGGGUUUCUUUCAAAUGGGGUUUUCACGCUAGUUUGUUUAAAAAAAAGUUGUAAUGUUGUAGUUAAAUUGUUCUUUCACGGUUUCAGUUAUCUAGCUUUAUACACACAAAACCAAAACGAAUUCAAAUGAGAUAUGUUUGGCUUGUUUUUCUGUUCAUCUUGAAUAGAUCAGGAUCGCAAAACUGAAACCGGAGCAUGUUGUUUGGUUUUUUUUAUCGCGAAUGUCACAUCAUACGAAACAAAGUAUUUUUUUUCAUAAAUGGAAAUAAACAAGCAAACAUGCUACAACUGACCCAUGAACAUGAAGACGGGACACAAGGGAACACUUUUUGACCUGUGCCUUUGAGCAGGGACGCACUGUUUACGCCGAACAACGACAAAGCCAGAAAAACAACGUCCAAAAAUGUAUCAUUUAUACUGUAGACGAAUCCAAAUAAGCAAGUCUUUUUUUUCUUCGUCCGAGUGUCGUCUUGGUUUUUUGGCUCUCCAGUAUAUGGACUGAGUGUUUUUGAAUUUUUAACUUAAUUUAAACGAUGAAAACGGCGCAGCUGCCAAAUGGAAGGUUUUAUCGCUUUCUCUCUCAUUUCCUGUCUUGGGGACGAUGGACAACAGGUUUUUAGGAUUCUUAUCUCAUUAAAAGUCACUGGAAUAAAAGUUUGCACUCUCUCUCACGUCUUUUCCCCCUUUUUCUCUCUCUUGCAUUUUUUUCCCCUCCCUUAUUUUAUUUUCGUUGCAAGAUGUGUGGACUAUGAAAGGCUGUAAAAUGUUUUGCUGGUGCAAGUUGUUUUUAUCUCAGUUUGAAACCAAUAAAUGUUUACACAUAA